GGCGUGACCGAGCUCGGAGCGACUUAUGCGGCACCGUCUUCUCGCUCCCUCCCGCCCCCUUUUCCUCGUCAUGCGGUGGAUCUCCGCACGACCCCGCCAUCCUCUUUUAAUUGAUUUUUCAAAUCAUUUCGGGUCGCCCCGCCGGGAGGCUCUGACGACGGAAAGAAGACCGCGAUGAAUGUAAAAAGGCAAAACUUUCCUCAAGUCGCGUGAUUGCAACGAGCCGUUUUUGCGCCGACAUGCCGGAGAUCGAGAUGAUUAUGAGAGGAAUUUCAUCUUCGAGAACAUGAGAGUCGCGCACCUCCGGAUGAAGAUGCCACCGAGCGUGUGGGAAGCCGGAGAGUGAACGCCGGCUUUGGUGCGUCUUUAUUCGGCCGAGGAGGACAGACGGACUCGCGCAUGUGAUCCCGACACGUCUUUGGAUGCGAGUGAUCCAAAAUCGGCAGUAGCAGCAGUAGUAGUCGGACGCCUCUCCCGAGGACUCCCGUGCACACCAUGGGGAUUAUGCACCAAGUUAUUCUAGGAAUGUUUCAAUUCCUGCUGCUCACCACGAUCCCGGCGUCCCACGCCAAGCUGGCUCACUGGCGGCCCACCGACUCGUCCAAAUCCAGAGAAGGUCGAGAAGUGCGGCGGUGGUUGGAGGUGUACUCCCGCAGCGGCUGCGAGCCCCGAGAGACCCUGGUGGAGGUCUGGCGGGAGUUGCCGGGCGAGACGCACCACCUCUUCGUGCCCUCCUGCGUGGCGGUGAGGAGAUGCGGCGGGUGCUGCGCGGACGAGGCGAUGGAGUGCGUGCCCUCGCUCACGCACACCCUCACCAUGGAGCUGAUGAGGACUUCCUUUAUGAAACACGAGCUCACUCAGUUGACCUUUGUUGAACACAGGCGGUGUGAGUGCAGAGUAAAAGAACAACUCCAGCUGACACCAUCUCCGAGACCCUUUCACAAGCCGACAAAAGUCAAGAAAAAGGGGAGAGGGAGGAAGAUUGUCGGAGGCAUCAUAAAUGCGACUCCCGUCCUCUCCUCUCCCCCAAUGACACCCCCCCCUCAUCCCACCCCUCUGCCGAGCGUUCUGCCGUCUUGCCGGCCGUGCCGAGGCAGGAAGUGGACGCUGGACACGGCGUCGUGUCGGUGUCUGUGCACCCUCACGGCUGAGAGCUGCCACCGAAAACAUCGCCGACACAACCCGCAUCGCUGCAGGUGCGACGCCGUCAGGACUUGACGUGUCCCCCCUUUCACCUCGUCCUCCCCACCCAAACCUGCCCAAAGGAAGUAUUAUUAGCACACAGCCUGUACUAGCUUUUUCUCUCAUUAAGCCACCACUGUAGCACUGUACCUGUACAUCAGAUGUGUGUGUGUGUGUGUGUGUGUACAAUUGUACAGUACAUAACGUGGACAGACACGUCCAGUCACUAAACACCUCGCACGAGCGCUGCGACCGCGGCGCUAAUCUAU